AUGGCGGCUGAGGGUGCGACCUAUGGCCCGUUGCGCAUCCCGGAGCUGCGAUGGCUCUGCCAGCAGCGGGGCUUGACGCCGUAUGGCCGCAAGAGGGAGCUGCUGAGUCGCCUGGAAGAACAGGAUCAGCAGGAAGAGGUGCCCUUUGCCGAGUGCCCAGCACCGGGUCUGGAGCCCUUCCGGGAGCUCGAGGAGUUGGCGGCGCAAUUGGCCGAGGCCAAACUCCCCGCAGCCGCAGCUGCCGCAGCCGCCGCCACGGCGUCUGCGGUGCCCAAGGUGGCACCAGCACAGCCCAAGGGACACCCCGUGGCACCGGCGCAGGCCAAGGUGCCGCCGGCAGUGCCACCAGUUCUACCAGUGCCACCCAUCUCGAGACCCGAAGGGGUGGGAUUGUCACAUGAGGAACGCGCCUUGAGGAGUUUGUUGGAAUUCUUUGCCUGUUCAGAUGUGGAACGGAAAGGGCAAGAUGCUCUCUUCAACUGCAAGUAUCGCGAGUUCAUCCACUCCAUCUACCACGUCCUGCAGCCGGACCUCGCCGGCGCCAGCCCGGCGGCCACCACCGCGGCUGCGGCCACCGCAGCAGCCGCUGCCUGCACCACCGACACCCUGCUGCGCUCAGCGGCCAACGGCGAUGGCGGCACCGGGAGCGCGGAGAUGUGGAAGAAAUGUAUGGAACUCAUUGAGAAUCACUUGCAGGUGUGUCACCUUCAAAUCAAGCACGACGCGCUGUGUGAGGAACUGGAAGCCAUCAACAAGGCGGCCAUGGAGAAAUCGCAGCAGGUUUCCGAGGUUCGUCAGCAGUUGGAUCAGUUGAUCGAAGCCGAAGCCUCCCAGCGGCAGCAGCUGCUUGGUCGGGCACGGCUGCAGCUCAGUGGGUGGUUGGAGAAGGCAGAAGAUACCGAAGGCCUGGAUGGCCUGGAGGCUGAAGCUGAUGAAGCUGCCCCGGCCAACGGCGCCGGGCCGACCGCAACGAGUGCCACGGAGCGCAACCGGAGCUUGCAACAGCUGAGCGAGCUGUUUCCGCACUGCGUGGACCCUGGCGCCUUGGAAGCUCUGGUUCCGCACCUGCAUCUGACGCCACAGGAAUGGUCGCAGGUCUGGCCGGCCUUUCAACUGCGUGGCGCUGCCGAAGCGACGGCUCUGGGGGUACUCUUCUCCUUGGCCUCCAAACAUCAAGGGAUGGUGGACAUAGUGGUCCACCUGGUCGGCACCCGUCGAGUGAAGCUGGAGAGCUUUCGGGAAGCCGUGGCGCAGGCGGUGCCACAGGACUUGGGCUCCGGUGGUCAAUGGAUCGACGAAGAGCUGCCGCCGCGGAGCCGCAGCAUGCGAGACACGCUGUGCCAAACCUUCGUGCAGCUCUUCCCCUUGUGCCAGGAUGCUGAUCAGGGCCCCAGACACACGUGGAACUUUGAUACCUGGUGGGCAGAGCUGACCACCAGCCUACAAGGAGCUGCCCCUGGAGCUGCUUUGGCUUUGGUGGCUGGCACCUUGCUGCAGCUGCAGCAGAAGGGCCCGUUGACCCUGGAACUGGUGCUGCGCCCCAAGCGGCGGCGAAGAGUUUGGACCUGGCUGACGCAGCAGGUGGAGAUGCUGCCAGAGGCGCAGUCAGUGGCUUCCUUCAUGGCUCGUUUGGGCCGGCAUUCCAUGCAGGCUGGCGCUGGGCCCCGUCCCAGUAGCGUUGUCACGUCCGCCGUGGAGGCCGUGGAGGUGGAGGAUGUGGAGGACGUGGCGCAGGAAGUGAAGGUGGUGGAAGUGGCCGAGUUGGCAGACGAUCUCAGGGAAGCAGCCUGGUAUCAAACCGCUGCAGAUGCUCAAAGCGGCACAAAAGUGGUGUCAGUGGGGCUCAGUUGGAUGCAAGCACUGAUCCCCAAGAUUCUGGUGACCCGGAUGCACGUGAG